CCAAGAGACUGGACCAAACGGUAUAUAUUCUUCAAGAUCCUCUAAAUAUGAUAAUGGUCGGUGUGCUUCCCGCGACAGAGGGAGAUAGAUCUUCCGCAAAAUUAUGAAGCUCCUCGGGCCUUUGCUUGGAGCCACGGUGGUGGCUAGGACUGCUGCGUAUAAAUGUCCGGAUUAUUUAUAUUUCAACCUUACAAAUGCAGCUUACAUGGCCGAUUGCGCACGGCUUAACUAUGCGUGCACAAAUGGAUCCUCCAUAUCAUUCGACAUCACAGGCGGAGCUGCUCCUCCCGUCUACUGUUGGAAGAAGGAACUGUUCAGCCUGUAUUUUGAGGAUACCAACUUCAACGGGUCAAUUGUGCUACCAGAUGUGUUCGAGACUUACAGAAUCACAUUCGAAGGCGGCUGGCCAGCGCGGGCCAACGUAACCGCCGCUGAAGUCGAGGCAUUUCGGAACAAGACCACUAUAGAUGAGGCAGAUAUCCUUAAUCUUACGGGAGUAACGAGUCCACUACUCCUGAAUAUAUCUAGUAUAGAUUUCCCAGAUUUGGUUAAUAUUUCGGAUUUGAGUAUUCGCUAUUCGGGCAAUUUGUCAAGCCUGACGAUGCCAAAACUUGAAAAUAUCAAUGGUCGAUUAUACCUCGAUCUCUCACACGGCCCAGCCAUCAGCUUGUCAUUCCCAAAAUUGUCUCAAGUUAAGAGCGACAUGUACCUGGGAGGCAAAAUCGAUGCCCUAGAGUUUCCGGCCCUGAAUUCCUCGCGCCACAUCAAUGUUGCUACGACAGGAGAUCUAGAUUGCCUCGCUUUCGCCAAAAGCGUCGUGAAUACGACUAAGUGGCCAGUAGAAAACGAGGGCCCCGAAAAUCGGAACAGCUCGGUGGUUUGCAAUUCGAAUACAGCAAGCGUUACAAUGCACCCUAUGCCACCGCCACCCGAGGAGUCGACUGGCAGUCGUGAUGGACUUGACUUCUGUAGAAGUUUAAUACUAUUGGCAAUUCUCGUUGCCGGUGCAAGUUCGGUCGUUUAAUACCACAUAAGUCAGGUUGUAGUGAUGGGAUGAAGUGUAUUUAAAUAUGGGUCUUGAACUGAUAUAAUCCGGAUCGAGAUGUCGAUCGAAGGGUCUCUCACACCCUAGACUUAGGUUUAGCGCCGCCCUGCCAGGUACAAGGGCAAAACGUGUGGACACCCACCACCCGCCGCUAAAAGUAUGAGGGUCAGUUAGUAAUCUUGGUCAUAUCUGUACAAAUCUUUAUAAAGAGGUGU